AUGCUUUCUGGAGAGGCUGGCAUCUGGUGGCAAGGUGCUUUACAAAGAAUGAUAGCUGCAGGUACCCAAGUGAAUUGGGAGAAUUUCAAGCGGCUAUUCUUGGAGAAAUACUUUCCCCGGGAUGUGAGACAUAAGAAACAGGUGGAAUUCCUUGAAUUGAAGCAAGGAGAGGAUUCAGUGGCUGAGUGUGUGACUAAGUUUGAAGACUUGGUCAGAUUUUGUCCUAUGUAUGAUGGUGUGGGCAAUGAGGAGGACAAAUGUGUGAAGUUUGUGAGUGGUCUUCGCCCUGAGAUUAAACAAGUUUUCAAUUAUCAAGGGAUCACUCACUAUCAUGAAUUGGUAAACAAGUGCCGAGUAUAUGAUGAGGACAACCGUGCUAGGGUAACUCAUUAUAAGAGUGGAGGACCCAUGAGGAAUAAUAAGUUUGGUUCAUCUAGUAAGAGUAAACCUUACACCAAGUCUGCUAGGGACUCAAGUUCGAAGGUGAAUAAUCAAGGUUCUGUGCAACAAAGGAGCCAAGUUCCCAAGGCUAGCCAAACUUCUAGAGGGGGAAGUGUGGGUUCUGUUCCACACAACAACUGCUACAACUGUGGGAAGCCAGGUCAUAGGGCAUAUAAAUGUUCGUUUCCCAGAGUAAUAACGUGCUUCAAAUGUCAAGAGAAGGGACACAGAGCUCGUGAUUGCCCCAAGAAUAAGACAACAGAGGUUGGAGGGAGUGCUAGCAAACCUCGAGCGACAGGAAGGGUGUUUGCCUUGAGUGGUGCUGAAGCUUCACAAUCCAAAGACUUAAUCCAGGGUAUGUGUUUCAUCAAUGGAACUCCUCUAAUUGUUUUGUAUGACUCUGGUGCGACUCACUCUUUUAUAUCACAUGCGUGUGUGUCCAAAUUAAAAUUACCUGUUUCUUCCUUGUCUUUUGAAUUAAUAGUAGAGACACCAACUAGUGGUUCAGUGUCUACUUCUGAUGUCUGUUUAAAGUGUCCUUUGAUUAUUGAUGGUAGAGAUUUCAUGGUUGACUUAAUUUGUUUGCCUCUAAGUCAGCUAGAUGUUAUUCUGGGUAUGGACUGGUUAUCUUCCAAUCAUGUCCUUUUGAAUUGUGCUGAUAAAUCUAUUGUUUUUGGUGAGCCUGUUGAAAAAGUGAGUAAGGAUUAUUUGACUGCCAACCAAGUUAAGGUAUCUUUACAAGAGGAUGCUCAAGUGUACAUGUUGUUAGCUUCUUUGAAUUCUGAGAGUAAUGUUUUGGUGAAUGAACUGCCUGUUGUGUGUGACUUUUCGGAUGUCUUCUCUGAUGAUAUGUCUAGCUUACCACCUAGAAGAGAAGUAGAAUUUUCCAUAGACUUAGUACCAGGAACAGGACCUAUUUCUAUUGCACCUUAUAGGAUGUCACCCGUAGAUAACUCCUUCUGGAAAACUAUAUGCAUCUAUGCUUUAGAAUUUUGA